AUGACCAACAAGCCACCACGUUCUAUACUGCACCUGGAGUGCCCAGAGAAGUGUGUACGGCGAGCGUGCACACCGGAUGGCGAGUGCUGCCACCCUCAGUGUCUGGGCAGCUGCACAGUCCCUGGUAGUGACACAGCGUGUGCGGCGUGCGUGCAUUACUACCACCAAGGACGCUGCGUGGCUGACUGCCCUCCCAACACCUACAAGUUCGAGGGCUGGCGCUGCAUCAGUGCCGAGCUUUGCUCCAAAGUCCACCUCCCCGACUUCGACAGCUUCAUCAUCCAUGGUGGAGAGUGCAUGUCUGAAUGCCCACCAGGGUACAUGCGCACCGCACCCAACAGUAUGUUCUGUACAGCCUGCGAUGGCCUGUGCGAUAAAGUAUGCGAAGAGAAGGUCAUCGACUCCAUGGAUGCUGCUCAGUCUCUCAAAGGUUGCACUGUUAUCAAAGGCAACCUGCAUAUCAACAUCCGGAGAGGCUACAACAUGGUGGCAGAGCUGGAGAGUUUCACAGGUUUGAUCCAGAGGGUGACGGGUUAUGUGUGGAUCAGACAUUCCCACACUCUGAGCUCCCUGGCCUUCCUCCGCAGCCUCAGAUACAUCGAUGGAGAGGACCUUCUGGACGACUUGUAUGCCUUCUCGGCAUUUGACAACCAGCAGCUCCAGUAUCUUUGGGACUGGAAGCAGCACAACCUCACCAUCAAGGCAGGGACGCUGUUCUUUAGAGCCAACCCGAAGCUCUGCACGUCCGAGAUCCGCAAGAUGUGGGAGAAGACGGGCAUCCAGGGCCACUUUGAGGAGAGCGAUUUCCGAAACAACGGCGACAGAGCCAUCUGUGAAAGUACUAUCCUGAAGUUUAAGUCCAACAGCACCAGCAGUACAAGGAUCAAACUCACCUGGCAACGCUAUCGCCCCCCUGACUACAGAGACCUCAUCAGCUUUAUCGUCUACUACAAGGAAGCGCCAUUUCAGAACAUCACAGAGUUCGAGGGGCAGGAUGGCUGUGGCUCCAACAGCUGGAACAUGGUGGACGUGGAGUUGAGGCCAGACAAGGACUCUGACCCCGGAGUCCUGCUGUCCGGCCUGAAGCCCUGGACGCAGUAUGCUGUGUUCGUCAAGGCCAUCACACUCAUGGUGGAGGACAAACAUAUGCCGAGUGCCAAGAGCAAGGUGGUCUACAUCCGCACCAGCCCUUCAGCACCCUCCAUGCCUCAGGAUGUGCGAGCGUACUCUAACUCUUCUACGCAGUUGGUGGUGCGUUGGUCGCCCCCUGUCUCACCAAACGGAAACCAAACCUACUACCUGGUCAGGUGGCAGCAACAAGCCGAAGACCAAGAGCUGUAUCAGCACAACUACUGCUCUAAAGAGCUGAAGAUCCCCAUAAGGAUCGCUGCCAUAGGCGUGGGAGACCAGGAAGAGGACACCAAGCCCACUAAGCCUGAUUCUGAGGGGGCAGACAAAGGCCCCUGUUGCCCCUGCCCCAAAUCCGUUGAGGACCUGGAGGCCGAAGCUGCUGAUGCCUCCUACCGGAAAGUCUUUGAAAACUUCUUGCACAACUCCAUUUUUACACCAAGGCCACCAGAUCGCCGCCGUAGAGAUCUCUUUGGCAUCGCCAACUCCACUCACUCCCGCCGCAACCGGCUGCACACUAACAACAGCACUGUUCCUCCACUCCAAGCCGCUGGUAACAGCAGUACUCCGGAUGUGGAGCCGGCGGACAGAGAGUUUGAGUUUGUGGAGCAAUCGGUGACGGAGCGUGAGCUGCAGAUCUUUGACCUGCAGCCAUUCACAGUUUACCGCAUCGACGUUCACGCCUGCAAUCGACAGGUCCAACGCUGCAGCGCUGCAGAGUUUGUCUUCUCCCGAACCAAGCCUGCAGAAAAGGCUGACGACAUACCCGGCCUAGUGACCUGGGAAGGCCAAGAGGACUGGGUGUUUCUGCGCUGGCCAGAGCCAACUCACCCCAACGGACUCAUCCUCAUGUAUGAGAUCAAGUUUAAACUGGCUACUGAGGCCGAGAAACACGAAUGUGUCUCUGGUCAGAUGUAUCAGGCCCAGCGUGGCGUCCGGCUGUCCAACCUCAGUCCAGGAAACUACUCGGUCAGAGUAAGAGCCACGUCACUGGCUGGCAACGGCUCCUGGACGCACUCUAUGGAUUUCUACGUGGCUGAACGAUAUGAAAACGUCCUCUACGCUAUGAUCUUUGUUCCUCUCUCCAUCAUCUUCCUCAUCUGCCUUUUAGUCACAAUGCUGGUGGUCUUGAGCAGGAAAAGGAACAGUGACCGGCUUGGAAAUGGAGUCCUCUACGCCUCAGUCAAUCCAGAGUACUUCAAGUUGGUGAAGAGUUUUGGUCCUUGCCAGCAGGAGAGAUUCAAGUUUUUAUUUGCUGCUAGGAAAAGAAACUCACCUAACCUCCUGUUGUCUAAGAAUAAUCUUAUCAACACUAAGAUCAUUCUGAGGAAUUGCCUGCACUGCCUGAGUGCAGCAGUGUUUAUUGUGUAG